AUGUGUUUUAGUCUUUCACCACCGCCACCACCACCAAAAGCCAUAUUUUCAUCUAACUUAACUUUGGGUUACGAAUGUAGUAGUAACCAACCCUGCGUCCUCAAUACCGAGUACCAUUGUCAAAAUUACAACAACAAUAUCGUUUAUAGAGAACAGGACAAUAUGCAACGACAAGAAGAUAUCAAAAAUGUCAACGACUCCCAAACUGACGAAGAAACAUCAUCUGAUUACAAACAAUGGCUGCAUGCUAUGAAAUUAGUGGCGAGGUUACCAGGUGGGAUUCCACCUGAAUUUCGUCGUAAGUUGUGGCUCUCACUGGCGGAUAAAUAUUUGAAAUCUAAAAAUGUCGAUUGGACUAAAGAGGAAGAAAAAUGUUUUUGCGAAAAAUGGCGGGAGGAUGACGAAGAAUUGGGAAUUCAAAUUGUUAAGGAUCUACAUCGCACCGGAUCUACUUUGUGCACUGGACCAGCUGGAGAUUUAAAUCAAGCCAAACUUAAGAAAAUACUUUUGGGUUAUGCACGAUACAAUCCUGAAGUUGGAUAUUGUCAGGGUUUUAACAUGUUGGGUGCUCUUAUUCUACAAGUUAUGGACAAAGACGAAUCAGAAUCAAUCAAGGUUAUGAUCUAUCUAGUCGAGGGUAUAUUACCUGCUGGUUAUUUUUGUGGGUCCAUGGGUGGCCUACAGGCAGACAUGGCUGUAUUUCGGGAGCUUAUGCAAACCAAACUUCCCCGUUUGGCCAAGCAUCUCCAGAAAUUACAGGGUCCUAUCGAAAAUGCCUACGAACCGCCAUUAACGAAUGUCUUCACGAUGCAAUGGUUUUUGACAAUGUUCUGUACAUGCUUGCCAAUGAGUUGCGUUCUUCGGGUUUGGGACUUGGUUCUAAUUGAAGGAAGUGACGUGCUUCUACGGACUGCCCUUGCACUUUGGAGUUUACUCGAAGAGAGAGUUCUUAGCGCUCGCAGUGCAGACGACUUCUAUGGGAAAAUGGGUUCGUUUUCAAGUGAACUUUUGAACGGACAUUUGAUUGACUCAAACGGUCUGAUCGAGAAGGUUGUUCAGUUGGGACCUAUCGCAGAUAUACAGAAGUUGCGUGAUAAGCAUCUGUAUAACAUUGCCCCUAUCCAAAAUCAACAAGGAUUGCAACUAUACUAUGACGAUGACGAGCCCGAUAUAGAUGAAGAUUCACGUUUGGCGGUUGCUACUGUUUGGGGAAUUCCUUGGGGUCGUAGAGGUUCACAAGGCCAAACAAAUAAUAUUGUUGCAAAACAAACCAUCGAAAAUAAGGAUAGAAUUGCGCUUGAUAUUUCACUUUUAAAGAAGCAGUACGAUAGACUACGCGAAAGACAGAAACAAGCACAUAUUAUAUUAACCACAGCUUGUUCGACAGCUGCCCGACAGAGUGCUGCACCGACUGUACCGUUGCCAGUUAAUCAACUUCUGUCUGGUCGCCCAGCCAUACUUACAAAUAAGGGACGACGUAGUGGACCGCCUACAGGUGCAAUACCACCGGCAAGAAAACCUUCACUGCCUGCAGUUCUUAAUGAAAAACCGCUAGAAAAACAGCUUCGAAGAGGAGAAACAUUACAUUGGCGGGAUACAAAAGAUACAAAACACAGGCGAGAUAGCUUAAGUUGGAAAGAAAUUAAGGCUGAACGAGCAGCAAUGAUUACUUCUGGAAGCAUAGAUGGCUUAAAAUCACAAAAAAUUCGCACAGGUAAAUUAGGAAAAAGCGAUUCAUCAUCUUACAGCGAGGAGAGUGAUGAAAACGAAGCCGAAGUAGGGGGAGAUGCUUCUAGUACAGACACGAGCCUUUGUGAUGAAGAAUUGCAACCAGUAGCAAAUGGUAUAAAACAGCAAUUACAUAUUGAAAUUAAUCAAAAAUCUUCUAGCAAAUCCCUAUUAAAACCAAAAAAGAAUGCACUUAAGAAUGCACGAAACCAGUCGGCACAUCUUAAAGAGAGCUCCCAAAAGGCAAGACCUAAAUCGUGGGCACCUUCUAAUAGCGAGAUUCCAUUUGUAUUAAUGACCAUAGACUCUCCAAAUAAUAGUGCAGAUGAAAAUCCUGAACAAGACUAUCAAAAAGGAACAGACGACACUAUAUUGAAGACGGAGAAUGACAGUUCAACAGAAAGAAAACAAACAAAUCCAAACCAAAUCAUACAUUUAAAUUGGAAAUCUGAGAUCUAUUCACCCAUUGUUGGUGACUUAGUUGUGGCGAACAUAGAACAUUCUGCUCAACCCGUUUCUAAAACAAUACCAAACAUAAAUGAUGCAAACUCGUUCGUAAAGCCGAAGACCACAAGUUCUGAAGAAAAAAAUACAUUUAUGGAGUCAACAAAUUUGCUGGGUAGUAAUGUCGACAAAGAAGAUCAAAUUAAAACUUUCGACAUUAGUAAUGAAGGUGUUACUAACGAAUAUUUUGAAAGAGUCAAUAGCUCAUCAGAGCGACCAACAAAACUUGAUCUCUUAUAUUCACUCAAUGAGGACGAAAACGUACGAGAAGCUUUUAAAAUUGAGGAUAAUGAAUCAAAUGAAGAAUCAGGAUCACAUCUUUAUGCAAAUGACAAAAGUUUAAACAGCUCCAAAAAUAUCAGGUGUAUGGAUCUUCUUGUUGACUAUUCAGAAAAAUCGUCCGCCGCUUGUAUUGAAGAAGCAAAAAGUGAAAUAUCAACAACGUUUCACUCAUGUGACAUCAGGGAUUCCAUUCCAUUAAAAAAGGAAUAUAUCGAUAUCACAAAUGAACAUUUAUUUAAAAAACCAAAAGGAAGCGCUGAGAAAAGAAGAGAUCCCAGGCGACUUACUUUAACGCGAUCAUCAACAAUGGAUAUUGAAAAGAGAUAUCAGGCGCUUGAAAAACGACUCAGCAUGGAAGUCUGUUCAAAAUACAAACGGUUGUCAACCGGUAAUGAGUUGCAUGUAGAUAGUUAUAAACAAUCUAAUCAAAGUUAUAUUAUAAAACCCAGCAAUGAUCCAUUUAAUUACUUUGUUAAUAAUGAAACACUACCGCAGGAAAACGAAACUUGUACAGACAGAAAAAUACCGUCAACUGCUGAUUUGGAAGAACGUUUUAAAAACAUACAUCAACAGUUACUUAGAGAUCGAAAUGAAACUAUGAAGUCGCCAUGUGACUCUGAAAAUACAGACAAACAAUCAAAUAUGAAAACUUCCUCUGAUAAUGAUAAUAUUAAACGGACUUCCCCCAAUGAUAAAACAGCUGGGCAUAAAAGAAAACAGAAUGAUCACAAUGAUGACAGCGACAAAACAGAAGCAGAAAAUAUAUUGGACGAAAAUUCAGAUUUUGAAAAAAAAUCUCCAGCAUCAAUUGAUAUUGAAGGGGUUGAUACAGGCUGCGACAUUAAUGCCAAACAAACUACUAUCGAGCAUAGUUCCAAUGGUACAACCACAAAGAAAAACUCAUUACAAAGUAAAAAAGAACCACCUGACGACAAUGUAGAUUUAGAUACGAAUGAUAUUAUCAUUAAAGAUGCUACCAACACACCAGUAGAAACGUCUCCUAAAAAGUCUAUUGAUGAAAUUGAAACAAACACAAACAAAACUGCAAAUGUUUCUGAAGAAAUCGAAGAUGAAGCUAAGGAAAAUAUUCGAAUACCUAAUUCAGAAAAGGAUCCAGAACCAAUUAAAGAUACGCACGAAGGUCUUAAAAGUAAACCAAAUCGGACAUCUCCCCCCACUACGGAGGAAUUAGAAAAACGAUUUUCUGCUUUGGAAGAACAAAUGAGCUCAGCAAAGAAUGAAUCAUGUGAAGCACGAACUAAUGCUCAAGGUGAAGAGACUAAUAAACAAGUAGCUAAUGAAACAUUAAGUGAAAGUGUAAUUGCUCCUAGUAACACAGAUCUUAAGACGGAUUUAACUAAAUUCAAACUAUUAUCUGAGAAGAAUAUAAAACGACGAUUAUCCGAGCCUCCUUCUACUGAAGACCUGGAGAAAAGAUAUGAAGUUUUGAAACGACGGAUGAGCUCUAGACAUUUUGAGACUAGAACAUUACAUAAGGAUGGGCAUUCCGAGGAACCACAGUCGCAAAAAAUCGUACCAGUAACAGAAUCUCCUACUAAUUUAAAUAAAAAAGAUACUUCUUUACAGUCACCAAGCAAGCACUCGCCACCAUCAAUAGAAAAUCUAGAAGAACGUUUUGAAAAACUACAAAAUCAAAAUGAAACAAAAAGCUCAUUUAUUAAACACUCUCCUCCAUCAACGGAAACCUUAGAAAAACGAUUUGAAAAACUUCAAAAUAAAAACGAUCAGUUGGACUUAAACAAGUCAACCAAUGAAGCAACAAAACCAACUUCAUCACCGGAAAAAGAACAACAUGAAUCUGAGGAAAAUAAUGAAAAUAACACUGAAGUACACUCAGAUACAAAUUACGAAAUAGAAAAUGAAAAUGAAAAGUCAUUGGUUAAAGAAGCUGUGAUUGAUACAACUACAAACAAUGCUAACACCAUCGAAAAUGAAACUCAAACAUCUGAUGAAAAUGAGACAGAUGUAAAACAUCCGACAACUUCUAAAAAAGUAGAGGAAAUUUCAGGGGAAAAAGAAACGAAUAGUAGUUUAGCCAAGAAUGCGAAUCAAAUAAAAGUUCGACUUAUUGAGGAAUUACAAGCCAAAAUAAAAGAGCAUUCUGCAAGCACUGAUAUAGAUAGCAGUGUUCAAAAAAAGAUGGCUGUUAUUGAAGAGCUUAAAAUUAAAAUUAAACCCAUGCCAGAUGAGAUUGUGAAGCCAACUCAAAUUUCUUCUAGUCGGCGUCCGCCUGCUCAAAGCUCCCUUUUACCAAGUCAAAGUUUCAACGAUGAAACCUUGGAAUCACAUGCGACCUCCGCUUAUCGCAGGUCGGGAAAAUACGAACCUAUGAACACAGCUAAUCGAAAAAUGGUUCGUCGUUUUUCCGAUUUACCCUCAAGAGCCGACCUUGAGAAUCGUUUGCAGUUCUUGGAAGAACAACUAAGCAAAACGGUGUGCAUGCAACGUCGUUCAAGUGAUUCCGAAGUAGCAUCGAAAGGUAAUAAUAAUAAGCAUAAAACACCACUCAUUCAUGUACCAUUAAGUGACAGCCUCGAGUACCGUGUGCAAGAAUUAGAAAAACGUUUAAACGACAAUAGAACACUCUCGAUGGAUAUCGAGUGUACAAAUGUCAAAGAGAAAAACACAAGUGAACCUAACGUUGAUGUUUCGCAAAUAGAGAUGGCCACGGAUACGGUUGCUGUAACGGGAAAGGAAUUGGUUCGAUAUUCUUCUUAUGGCGAAGUUGGAGAUAUUGAUCACCAAAAUCCAAUCAAUAUUAGCAUAAAUAUUCAAAUGACUCUCAAUAAAGAUGAUAUUGGCAAUAAAAAAAGUUCAGAUAUUAUCAAGACUGAUGAUCUAGACAGACGACUGCAAUACUUAGAACAACAACUGAAAUCGUCGCAAGAGCCCGAAUCCUUUGAGAACGUUGCAGUUGAUGUUAAGGAAAAUGUUAAAGAAAAAGAUCACACAGGAUUCAGUGUGACUGACAAGACCGAUGUAAUUGUAAAAAAGGGUGAUCAUCUUGAAGAGAAACAUGAAAUUACUGAUCAAGAUGAAACUCCACAAAAAGUUGUACAAGAAAUUUCUCAAUCCAAUAUAAAUAGUGUAGUACCUUUAACUGAUGGUCAAUCUAGACUUAUCACGAAUACUACUGAGAAUAUUCAGAAAGAAAAUAACAUAGAAGGAUCAAAAUGGGUGGAAUCCGAUAUCCAAACCGUCGAACGUAGAGAUAAAGAGAAUCAUUUGUGCCAAGUCAAUACUACAAAUGAACAUAAAGAACAAAUUAAGUCUGUAACAUCAAAAAUAUCUGAUGAUGAUGAAGAUACAAUUUCUCAAAAUCAGUCUCCGUUGCCACAAGGAGACGUGCUUACAGAAAAAGACACCGUUGAAAAUCAAAAUAAUAAAGAAAAUAAACAUGUAACUGAAUCCGAAGAUCAAUCUGUCAAAAUAGGCAAUGUAACAGAUGUAACACAAAAUAAUUUAAAAGAAAAGGCUCUAGAAACUAAAUCUCAAGAUAAUGAAAGAAAUGAUAGCGAUGAUCCAGUUCAAUACAAUUCGCCCUCUGAGGCGCAAUCGAACAAAGAUACUGAAACUAAGCCAUGCGAGCUAAAUAAGAGUGAAAGCAUUGAAAAUUAUGAUAAUUCAAAAAACACAAAGACGUCUGAAAGUGGAAAAAUUAAUUGUUUAACUGAUUCAUCAAAUGUUAACAUUUCCACACAAUUUGUACCGGUAGAAGUGAACAAAAAGACGUUAGUUUUAUUAUUAGACAAUGAGCCGAAAGCAGUAAAAGUGCGUCGGCUUACUCGGGCAAAUACUGAAGAACUAGAGGACCUUUUCCAAGCUCUUGAAAAGCAGCUUAACGAUCGAGGCCAAGAGAAAACUGAUGAAAAAAAAGCAAAGGCCAAAUUAGACGAAGCAAGCCAUCAGGUAAUAGAGACAACAAAAGCAAUGUCAGAUUUAGCAAAAGAAAUAGAGGCAUUUUCGAAAUGUGAACCAAAUCAAAUUGGACAAAAUGAUAAGCUCACACAAACAACAACACAAAGCAGCAAGAAGGAGGAGGAAUUCGAUUGGGGAAACGAUCCCAUAAAAUACCACUUAAAGAAAAGAACAGUUUAUUUGCCAUCGACUAAGGAACUUGAAGCAAGGUUUCGGUCAUUAGAGCGUCAAAUAAAGCUUCUUGAAGACGUUGAAAAGAUCGAUGUAGAGCAGCGCCUAAUAGAAAUUGAGCGCAAAAUAAAAUUACAAUACUCGUUAUCCCAUGAAAAAGAUUUGAACAGGUUUCUAGAGUUGUGCGAAGGAAAAGAUGUAGAUGAAAUGCCAUUCGAAAAACUUCAAGACCGAAGGGAGUGCUCCAACGAAGUACAUGUCGAUCAGAAAUGUGUGAUUAAGCACACUUCUCCGAAUAGGCUUACAGAACCAAUACCUUCUACAGGUAAUCUUGAAUACCGUUAUCGUUCUCUUGAUUUAAAGCGAUCAAAGUCAAAACAAAAUCUUAACAAAAAGCAACCAAUACAUCCUUUGGAAAUGCUUCUUGAUCCAAGCCCAGAUGACAGUGACAUACCUACAACUGGUGAGUUGGAACACCGUAUCCGUAUGAUGGAAGAAAAUCGAUACUCACCCUCGCCACCAUCACGCAAAUCGCGUUCACAAUCUCCUCCAGCUAAAAGUCAACAAAAUAAGUCCAAACCAAACACACAUAUUCUGGAAGCAAUGACAGCAAGUCCUACAGAACGAGAACUUCCAACGGCUGAAGAACUGGAGGCACGUUUAGAAGCAUUGGAAAAAGAACAGUGUUUUAAUUUCAAAAUGCAGAAAAACUUUCAGCAAUUCAAUCAGAAACUUAAAGAUGUUGUCUCUCCAUCACUGUCUUUUGACGAAUUUAAAUCGUCAACGAAAUCCUGUGAAUCUGAACAUACUAAAGUACAAAGUUUAGCCACCAAACAAAUCUCUAGUGUUAAUUCAGUUGCUCCCAAAACUAUCCGCUUUCGUAAGGAAGAACAAUCGCAAUCUUUGGCUAAAAAGGAUAAUGAAUCCAUGAAGACUAUUGCAGAUUCCCAAAGCACUAGUAAAGGAUAUCAGCAGACGGCAACAGUUCAAGAGGGCCUAGGUGUCAUGGGAAUUCGUUUAAUGAGGGAAACAUCGCCUCUUCGACGAAAGGGAACACACACUGGAGUACCACUGCGUACUGGAGAAAAUAUAAAUGAUCAACUAACAUCUAUUCAAAACACUAUCAAGUCUAUCGACAGCCUGUGUGAGGAAAAGCCUUAUCGAAAAGAAAGGUGUCAGCAGUAUAUUGAUGCUCUUUUCUCGGAUUCCACAUAUUUUGCUCACAAAAAAUCUUCCCUCGAAGAUCUCACAUCGCGCAAUCUGGGCCGAUCAACAUCGCGAUCACGUGAGAUUGGACCAUCCAUACGAAUCUCAGAUCAUAGCCCGGCCUUCUCACGUUCAAUGGGAUCAGCAGAUUCAAUACGAUCAUCAAGCCCCUUGCGGUCGUCAAGCCCACUCCAGUACCGUUCCAACAGGGACCUCCGGCGUGAGCCUUCUCCUAGACGUCGACGCGACGAAGAUCGAGAAGAGCAUGAAAGUAGGGUAAGACGUGAUAAUCUAUUGCCAAAUAAUAAUAAUUAUAGUCAUAGCAUAUUAAGCCACACUAGUCAUAGUAGUUUAACUAAGUUUCAUAAAGUAGAUAGCCAACUAAUUCCAAACGAUGUUGAACACGAAUUAGAAGAAACCUUACGACAUCCGACAUUCAGCUCAAUCGACAACUUAAUAUCUCAUGACAACUCAAAUACCUCAAACAACGUCAACACAACACCACAACGCACUCUUACCGCAGAUGCAACAACUCCCGAACCAUUUAAGAGUCAUCAUUUGGACAGGCCUAUAUCACCAUUCCGACAAACUAUUCUCCCAACCACAAACACACCUGUCUACACACCAGCCAAAUUAGAAAUUCGACAUACAACUGUAACAUCGACCUUCUACGAUCGUGUUCUUACCGAAAAACAGUUGGAAAAACAACAUCACCACUCUGUUUCGACUAACAGUCAAUCCCCAAUGAUAUCCCCAUUGUUUGAGAAGCACGUAAAACCAUCAUUCCAACAACAACCAAACAAAUCACCACCAAAACUCUUACAUACUGAUGCUACAACAGGUAAUUAUCAUCGAACCUAUCAAACGCACAUUCAGGCCAAUAAUCUCGGCUAA